UUUGUGAAUUACACAACUUCGUGAAAAUGGAGGACACCGAAGGAAAUCAGAACAACAACGAAAGCGAAAACAAUGAAAACGAAGAAGAUAUUGACUUUGAUUCAAUGGGAAAGCAGGAGUUAGAAAAACAUUUAGUGGUUGCUGCAAAAAAUGGCAGAAUAGAGAGAGUCAAGCAACUGUUACAAAGAGGAGCAUCACCUGAUGCCAAGGAGUAUAACAGGAGUCUGUUUUAUGCUUCUGAGAACUACAACACACCUCUACAAAACGCUGCAUCGGGAGGCUUUCAUGAAUUGACACAGGUUCUUAUAGAAAAUGAAGCUGAUAUCAAUGCUGGGGACCGAUUUGAUGUAACAGCACUUCACAUGGCAGCUGAAGGAGGCCAUGUUAGAUGUGUAGAACUAUUGUUAGAGGGUGGUGCUGAUUGUAACAUUGGAACUAAGUACUCCAAAUAUGGCUCAUAUACAGCCUUUCCACACCCAGGAGGUACAACACCACUGCAUUUAGCCUCUGUUCACAACCAUUUAGAAUGUGUGAAGGCAUUGAUAUGGCAUGGUGCAGAUUACAAUGCUGUUGAUGAGUAUGGCAGGACCAGUCUAUAUUUAGCUGCAGCAGCUGCAUUUGAAGACUGUGUCCAUGCUCAUUUAAAUAAUGCUAUCUGGAAGGACAUUUUAUCUUUGCCAGUGAAAGGAACAGGUUCAGGCCCAGGACAAGAAAUUGGUAACACACCUUUACAUGAAUGUGUGAAACAUAAGCUGGUGACCUGCAUAAGAGCACUUCUAAAACGAGGUUCAGAUGUUAAUCAUCUAAAUGCUGCAGGUUUUAGUCCACUGCAUUUGGCUGUCAAAGCUGGUGAGGGCUUCUCUAUGCCAGUUUUACGUGAACUGGUAGCAAAUGGUUACAACACAGAUGUUAAUAUUCCAGAUUCACAAGGUUACACUCCUCUACAUUAUGCAUGUUUCCAUGAGAACAACAUGCAGGAACGUCGACCUGAAGUGGCCAGACUAUUAAUUGCUUAUGGUGCCAAUGUUGACAUCAAGAUAUCUGGUGCUGACCAUGCUAGUCUUCUGACACAAGAACUUAGAAGUCCAUUCGCUGAUUUAUCUAUAUUGAAAUAUAUUGUGAAAACAAUGGUUGUUCUGCCAAGUCCAGACACUGUGAGAAUGAUUGGCCCUUCAACUGUAGGCCUGCACAUGGAUCUAGCUACAAGGCGACGUCUUAUGAUGGCAGAUUCACAAAAUCAUUUUGAGAAAGUCCGAUGGUUUAAAAAUGAGUGUAGGACACCUAGAUCACUUCAGCAUUUGUGUAGAUUUUCUGUUAGAAAAACAAUCACUGUCAAAAGAAUUGGACAACUUCGCACAUUGAAAAUACCAACAACAUUAAAAGACUACUUACUGUUUAAUGAUGGUGAUGAAGACUGAUUGCUUUUAGAAUGGUGGAAUUCAUUUCUGACAUUAAGAGUGUUCCUAUCAACAUUAAAGUAUUCCAUAAAUAUACUUUUUAAGACCAGAGCUCUCUCUACUCAGAGUAUUGCAACACGAUUAGAGCAGACUAUGCACUAAGAAUUUUCUGUUAUUAAACGUAUCAGAACUAUAGCUUAAACUAGAGUAACAUAAGAGAAUAUUUAACAUGCUGCUCAUUACUAUUAUGUUGAACAAAUAUGAUGCAAGCACAGUCAAUGACAUUUGAAUGUAUCUAAAUAUACUAAUUAUAUGGUGUUUCCAAAGUUUACCAUGGACAUAUGAUGGAAAUCUGAAGUUAACCAAAGCUUUGUUAUUAUGUUAUUUACAUUCUGGUCAGUAAUCAUUAAAACGUUGGUACGGAUUCUCUUACUUAGUUGUUCAGAACAGAAAUCAUGCAUAGAAUAUACAAUGGUAUUUAAUUUAUGAAAAAUUCUCUGAUUCCAUCAUGUUCAUUCAUUUCUGAUUUUCAAUAGGAUAGUUGUAAUCCAUAAGAGAAUACUCCUCCUUAUCCAGAAAUGUCAGCUUCAUUCAUUCAAAAACAUAUUUGUGCAAUAUCUAAAUAGUUGAAAUUUGUUUAUUAUUAAAGAUAGAUUGACGUCAAUUAACAAUACAUAAUGUUUAAAUCUUAAUUGUUAAUCAAAUCUUGAAAAGAUUAAUACUUAAAAUUUAAAUGGCAAUUAAUGUUAAUGGAUGAUUGUGCAAUGCAAUCCAGUUUACAUUGUUUAUAUGUAUUGUUAAUUCAUUUGAAACCAUUCGAAACAUUCUUCAGAUCAAAAAGUUCUGCAGUUUGUAAAAUUUCUUGUUAGAUCGAGUGUAGAGACAGUAUUUAGUUGAUUUUAAAUGAUUAUCUGCUUGCAAAUUUUUUUGUAAAUUAAAUUUUUUUUUUAAAGGAGUUCUUAUAAGGUUUAUAUUAUAUCCUUACAUACAUGCUUAACAAACUGAUUGUUAAUAAUAAUGAAAAAUUGUUCAGCACAUAUAUUUUAUGUAAUUGUUAAAUUUUGUUAAACAUCUUGUCGAAUCAACUUCAAAUUGUAUAACUUAUCUGUAGAGAUUUUAAGAAAGUUGUGAAUAACUCAUUUCAGUCAUACAAGUAACAGUACUUAUCAGGAUGUGGAACAUUUGUGAAGAACAGAAUAUUAUUUGUAGUAACAAAAUAAGAUUUACAUGUCCAAAAUACAUGUACAUGACUCAGUUAUAGUAAUAGAAGACAGGUUGUGGUGAAAUAUACAAAAUAUAAGUUAAUAUGCGUAAUGAUAGUACAAGGGGAGUAACCCUUGGUGAAUCCAUCACCAAUGUAGUCCGUCUAUAUAGCAAAAUUCAUAAGUUUGUAAAAAAGGAAUAUAGAAAGAAAAAAUAUAGAAAAUUUGAUAGGAGCAACAUACUGAGCCAUUUUGUUUUCCCAUUGUUCUUCUGACAUCAUGCUUGACGUUUUUUAUGUUAUUUUAUGUUUCUAAACAGUUGAUUUUGGUUCUGAUAACCUUAUUAGUUAGCCACCUGGCUUAAAAUUACAAAACAAACAACUGCUAAUUUUCCUUUUACAGGCAAUGCCAAGUUCAUGAUCUGUCUGCAUAAGACACAUCUAGAGAUCUAGUAGACAAGCUCUUAAGCCCCUUGACUUAAAAUCAGGAUAGGCAAAUAUUUACUGGUGUUUAAGAAACACAUCUAAAAAAUCUAUGUACACAUGUAGAUCACCUGAAAGUGACUAUAAGUGAACAUUUUCGAUUUUUUGAUUUUGAUUGAUUUGUUAUUUUCCAUUAUGAACCUUACAUUUGUGCUGUUGAAUUUUAUUUGUUAUGUACAUAAACACAAGAAAGACUUGUCAUUUCAUUUUGUUUACAUGUAGUCAUGGUAGUCAAGUCAUUUCAUUUUGUUUACAUGUAGUCAUGGUAGUCAAGUCAUUUCAUUUUGUUUACAUGUAGUCAUGGUAGUCAAGUCAUUUCAUUUUGUUUACAUGUAGUCAUGGUAGUCAAGUCAUUUCAUUUUGUUUACAUGUAGUCAUGGUAGUCAAGUCAUUUCAUUUUGUUUACAUGUAGUCAUGGUAGUCAAGCAUAGUUAUAUAUUUAUUCAUAGAUAUUUUCAUAUAUAGUAAUCAUGUUUAAACUUGAGGGUUUAGAAAAAACGUAAAGCAAAAUAAAAUGUAAAACAA